CACCCUCGCCUUCGUCACUCACAAACGCACAAGCUUGAUCCUUCGAGCUCCAGACAUCUCACAAGUUUUUCGUGGCUCUAGCUGGUUGGUUAAGGCUAAAUUCACACAUGGCUCGAGUGGUGUCGGUUUCUUUGGUGCUGGGCGUCCUGCUCGCCUGCUCUGCGUUGGCGGCGGCGAACUUCAACCAGGAGUUCGACAUCACCUGGGGCGAUGGCCGCGGCAAGAUCCUAGACAAUGGCCAGCUCCUGACGCUCACGCUCGACCGAACCUCCGGCUCCGGGUUCCAGUCCAAGCAAGAGUACCUCUUCGGCAAGAUCGACAUGCAGCUCAAGCUCGUCCCCGGCAACUCCGCCGGCACCGUCACCGCCUACUACCUGUCGUCGCAGGGGGCGACGCACGACGAGAUCGACUUCGAGUUCCUGGGCAACGUGAGCGGCGAGCCGUACACGCUGCACACGAACGUGUUCACGCAGGGGCAGGGCCAGCGCGAGCAGCAGUUCCGCCUCUGGUUCGACCCCACCAAAGACUUCCACACCUACUCCAUCCUCUGGAACCCCAAGCACAUCAUCUUCAUGGUGGACGACAUGCCGAUCAGGGACUUCCGGAACCUGGAGGGCAAGGGGAUCGCGUUCCCCAAGAACCAGCCGAUGCGGCUCUACUCCAGCCUGUGGAACGCCGACGACUGGGCCACGCAAGGCGGCCGCGUCAAGACGGACUGGUCCCACGCGCCCUUCUCCGCCUCUUACCGCGGUUUCAUGGCCGACGCCUGCGUGGCCGUCGCGGGCGGCAGGACGCACUGCGGCGCCAACGUCGGCACCGAAGGCACCGCCGGCGCCCCAUCCGGAGACUGGUACAACCAGGAGCUGGACCUCACGCGGCAGCAGCGCAUGCGGUGGGUGCAGCGCAAGUACAUGAUCUACAACUACUGCACCGACCCCAAGCGCAUCUCGCAGGGCCUCCCUGCCGAGUGCUCCAUGUAAUGGCGCGACACGACCGGCACUUCGCCGAGCAAGGCAACAGCAAACCAGCAGCAGCAAUGCCGUAUCAGAAACAGACAGGAGCAGGAAAGAUGGGGGCGUCUGUAUAAUAAAUAAAAAUAAGGAUUGGUAAUUGUGGAGUCUGUAAUAUGUAGCUGGUGGUAAAUUCUUUUCUGUUUGUAGCCUUGCCCUUCUCUUCCUUCCGCCACCUUGUUUGGGUCAUCAUCAUCAACCAUUCGUGUUCAUGUUCGUCUGUAAUAUAUGAAAGUCAUACUUGUUCUUGCA